UCAUUAGACCACGGACCGGUUGUAUAAAACUAUUUAACUACACUUUGCAGUUAAUUACUCGACUCUGAUUGGCCAAUUAUGCCAUUAACUGCAGUUAAAAGUAAACUAGCCUUUUAUACGACUGGUACACAAUAUUCCGAUUUCAUGAAGUAUUAUUGUCAAGACGUAAAUAAAAAAAGUUGCAAUAAUGCAACCUGUUUGAUUUUUUUGAUUUAAAAAAAAAGAUGGAAAAAAGUGAAAUUUCAAAAUGCAAUAGAUCUAAAGAAAGAUGGGCAAUUUUGCGAAAUUUUAUCAAGAAUCAAAAUCUAGAUGUCCAGCAUAAACGGAGCCAUGCUUAUGGCUUAUUCACGUCGUACAAGAUAACAGAUUUAAUAGAAGCUGGUUAUGAAGUGUGUAAUGGCAGUUCCAAGGCUAAAUCUGGCUACGAGUGGCUUGAAUAUGCCUCAGAGCACUUCCCCAGCUGUCGAUUAGCCGUUAGACAAAGGAUUCGUGCAGUUAACUGGAAUGAUGCAACUGGUUUUGAUAACACUGGAAAUAUCUGUGUUUGGCCUUCUGAAGAAGUAUUGUCAUAUAUAUGUAUAAAGAAUUCUGAAGACUUCAGAGGCAAAACUGUUUGCGAACUUGGUGCUGGAAUGACUGGCCUUGCUGGAAUGAUGCUUGCCAUUGCAUCUGAUGUACAAGAAAUUUUGAUCACAGAUGGAAAUAUGGAUGGUGUUUCAAAUCUUAAAGAAAUUGCAAGGACAAACAAAAGACAAUUUGGAGGAAGUAAAGCAGUCAAUGUCAGACAGCUAAGAUGGAACAUGUGGGAAGAUUACAGUGACUUAAAGGGUCACUUUGAUUUUGUGCUUUGUUCAGACUGUUUGUUGUAUGAACAAUUACAUGCAAGUCUUGCUGAUGUGAUAAGCACCCUUCUAAAACCCGACGGCAUGGUGUUGAUGACCUCCCCUCGUCGUGGUUGUUCUGUUGAGCAGUUUAUUGAGCAAGCCAAGACUAAAUGCUUUGACUGUGAAUGUAUUGAAAAUUAUGAUGAGUUUGUUUGGUCGGCCUACUGCCAGGAAAAGGAAGGUUCUCCCUUGGCUGAGGUUGUCAGAAAUUUUCCUGUCCUUAUUAAAAUGAAAAAGAAGAAAUAAAGUGGUGAGAACUGCUAUCCAUAACAUUAGCUUGAUAUGGCAAGGUUGAACAGUUCAAAUUAAAAAAGUAUUUAAAUCUUGGGGUCUGAAACCAAUGCCCGAACCUUUUGACUGGUUCUAUUGAUAAGUAAUUUAGCUUGUAGGUACACCAUGUAAGUAAUUACUUAUGUAGUAAUUACU